UACGUUUUAACUUACGAACGCAUCCAUCGCACGAUGAUGACGUACACAGUUUUUCCCUGUUGAACGGUACUGUGACGUGGCAGGAGGCGGAAGCGAUGUUGCGGCAGGACAGUAAUGAUGACACGGAAGAUGUGUCACUCUUUGAUGCUGAUGAUGAAAUCUCCAGGAGGCCCAAGAAAUCAAAGAUCAAACAUCCAAUAGCCUCCUUCUUUCACUUGUUCUUCCGUGUCAGUGCAGUAAUCGUCUACUUACUGUGCGAAUUGUUGAGCAACAGCUAUAUUGCCUGUAUGGUGACAAUCUUCCUACUUCUAUCAUGUGACUUUUGGGCAGUGAAGAAUGUCACAGGAAGAUUGAUGGUCGGCCUCCGCUGGUGGAACCAGGUUGAUGACGAUGGCAAAAGCCACUGGGUGUUUGAAGCUAGGAGGGCAUCUGCUCAAGGGAAGAAGGCCACAUCAGAAGCAGAGUCUAGAAUUUUCUGGUUAGGACUGAUCACAUGCCCUUUGCUCUGGGUGAUUUUUGCCUUUAGCGCCCUGUUUUCCUUCAAAGUUAAGUGGCUGGCGGUGGUAAUUAUGGGUGUGGCAUUGCAAGGAGCCAAUCUUUAUGGCUAUGUCCGGUGCAAAGUGGGCAGUAGGAAGAAUCUGACCAGUAUGGCAACUUCUUACCUAGGCAGGCAGUUCCUGCGGCAGACUGUAUCCAAAGAGGAGCAAUCAGGAUCUUGAAGAUCAUGGCAAAUCCCCAACUUUCUUUUUGGUUCCUUCUGGAGAAUGAUAAAUAUUUCCUUCACCUCUUGUACAGAAGAUUUAUAAUCUGUGUGGAUUUUUGUAAUUAAAUAUUCCUUGUAGAAAUGCAAGUGAUCUCUCAUUACUACAACUUAUAUUUUGCAGAGCCCAUCCAGACACUUAAGUAGCUGCUGGGCUCUUUAGCUGAAGUAGAUCCAUUUAUACUUAAGUAAAAUAUCUUGAUGAUGGAUACUGACUACUUAUGAUAGUACAUUCCUUCAGUAAUAGGGGUUUUUCCUCAUAAGCAUUGCUGUGAAAUUCUGGGCAGUCCAAAACUGUUCAUCUGAGAAGCUCUGUAACCAAGGACUUGAGCAAUCUCUCCUCACCUGGGAAUUGCAGAAUCUGACCUCUAAUACAGAACCUGAUAUAUUAUCUGCAUAAUUGCAGUACCCUUUGGUUUAAUUUUUUAAAGCAAGUAUUUUAACCAUUAAAGGUAGAAAGAAGAACUUGAAAAACAGGUGGAUAUUUUCAAGAAUUGAAAGCUGUGUAAGCCUUCCAGUUUGGUGAAUGGAACAAAAGGACCCCAGUGUCUCUCAACUUGCAAAACUGGUUUCAGCUAAAAAUUCUAGCUUUUCUUCUUGCAGGACCAGGGAGACUUUGUAGUGUGGAUUUUAGAUUUUAGACUAGUAUGGAUUGGUCACUUCCCCACUCUCACCUUCUGAGUUCUCAUGGUGCAACUACUUGUAGCCCACUAGAAUUACAUAGGAGCAAUCCUUAUAAUUUUCUAUUUUUUUUCUGAAUGGCUAGGAUUGCUAAAAAGGCAGAGGAAUAUAUCUGCAUUCUAAUAAAGUUGUGUAAAAUAUUGAAGGCAUCUGGCCCUCCUUUCCUCAGUAAUAAGCUGAAAUAGGUAAAACGUACUGUAGGUAAUUUCUGUAGAAAGUAAAGAAGAUUCAUGCUGACAUGCUUAUGACAAACCUUUACUAUAGAAGUGCUAUCUCUGUGUUUGCCACAGACGACAACUAACUGAUGUGGUGAGGUAUACUUCGGUAUAGAAUAUCUGUAAGCAUUAAUUGAGAAACCUUCCUCCUUUUAUAGAUACAUAACAUCUGCAUUCAGACAUAAACAAAUCCCAUGCUGGUGCACUUCUUUCCACCCCCUGUUCCUCUGGCAUUGCCAUGAGAUUAGACGUUCUUGCUUCCAUUUUUACCAACCACAGUUUACUUUAUAGAAGCACACCAAUUUCAAACCAUAGUUUAUGAAGUUGCCUUCUUUCAAUAAACCAUACGAAAGAAUAACCACAGUUUGAGGUUAGGACAUAACAAUAAACUGAAUAAUUGAAAACAAGCAAAAGCUUCCAGUCUCCUCUUCACAGCUGGGCUGAAGGAGGUGAGGAGGGGGAGUGCAUCAGUCUGAGGCUCAUUCACUAAUGCUAUAAGGUAGUUUAGCAUUGUGUCCAAACACAGCCAGUAUCACUUAAAGGUCUGGUUCACAUAUUUCCUCAAUGUGUCCCCUCUGCUUAUGUUGUGGCUCAGAAGAGAGCCUGGGGGAUGCUUGCAUGUAUCCACACACAUGCACACUUCAAUGCACAUAGAAUGUAUUGUAUGAUCUGGAACUUACAUGCAGUCAUGUUUAUGCCCUGUCAAUGUAAUACAUUUUUUUUUUAGUAAAUGGA